AUGUCGGGGCCUGCGGAAGACAAGCGGCAGUCCGCGGAGAUGGUGUUCGACGCCGAUGACGUGUCAGGCUGCUACGACUCUGUCAUGCACCACAACCGCGAGGCCAUGAAAGUGCUUCUGGAGCGAUACGAGGAUUCUUUCUUUGCGGUCGAGAACGGUGCCCAGCGUGCGGAUCGCCAGUGGUUGGACGUCGGCUGUGGUCCCGGAAAGUUCACCAAGAACUAUUUGCUCCCACACGCUCCUUCGUCCUUGCAAAGACUGGUGGCGGUCGAUAUCUCACAGGCCAUGCUGGAUCACGCCGCAAGAAACCAUGCACAUCCGAAGAUAGCGUACCGCCUUCUCGACAUCGCAAACGACAAAGCCGUGUCCGCGUUUGCCGAGCGCGAAGGUCUCUUCGAGCGCGUAUGCUGCUUCCUGACGCUGCAUUGGAUCCGCGACAAGGCGGCCGCCCUCCGGAACCUGGAGCAUCUCACGGCCCCCGGGGGAGACUGCUUGGUGGUGUUCAACCCGCGCGUCGCACUGCAGCAGGUGUUACGUGCCAUGAUUGGGUCCGGCAAGUGGAAAAGACACGAACACGUGAGUGACGCGCCUAGAGGCUAG